AUGCACGUGUCCAAGAAUAGCGCAAUUGCAUCAAAGAAGAGCCAGGAAGAUACACGAGCUGAACGCAAUGAAGUCAGAGAAGGAAUUAAGAACAACGACAAUUCACGCCAGAUUUCACAGUCAAUAGACGAAGAACAGGCAAUGACCAACAACGACAACAGUAUAAUUGUCUUUCAUUCAAUAUUUAACAUUGUUUCAAACAAAAAUUUUGUAUCAACAUCAUUGCAGAUCCAAGGACAAAUAUAUCACUUACUUGAAGCGCUGUUGCCACUUCCAGGUGCGGACUAUCAAUUUUUACAAAUUUAUUUUAUGGGCAAUUCCGAUGCAGAAGUUGAUCAGCGUUGUGCUCACAAUCCAACAGUGAAGCGAGCUAUUGUCAAACGAUUGCAAACGUUUCUUCAUCAGAACAAUGAAUUAAUUAAAAUUUUCAAAAUUGCGUUAGAUCGAAUGCCAUCUGACAGUCAUAAUAUUGUCAUAAGGGCUGAUAAAACGCCUGCGGGUGAACACGCAAGGAGAUUUAAUUCACCUACAACUGAUGAAGUGGCUGUUGUUAUUGUAGAAGAAAAUUUACAAUCUAGAGAUAUUGUGCUUCGCCGUCGAGAUAAUAAAUUAAAACGUGGUGAAGAUGGAUACGACUUUAACAUUAAAAUGGUUAAUCAUGAAACAGGAGCUGAAUCCAAUAAAAAAGUAAGUGCUAUGAAUUUUUAUUCAUACAGACUCAUGAUCCGUGAAGGUGAAUUGAAUCACAUUCUGAUGUUUCGCCGUCUUUUCCAUCAGUUUGCGAUCGAUAUGUAUGUUAAAAUUGAAACUGAACGAUUGACAUACAUCCGCUUAAACCAACAGCAACUCCGAUCUGAAGAAUACAUUCAUCUCCGCGAUGCUAUCAAUGCUGACAGAGACGCAAGCAACGUCGGAAGAAUGACAAUUUUGCCGGCAACUUACAUUGGAAGCCCGCGCCAUAUGCACGAGUACGCGCAAGAUGCGAUGUCGUACGUUAGACAAUAUGGCCGCCCAGACCUGUUCAUAACAUUUACCUGUAAUUCUCAAUGGAUUGAAAUUAAGAAAGAACUCUUACCCGGCCAAACACCAGUCGAUAGGCAUGACAUCACUGCCAGAGUUUUUAAACAAAAAUUGAAAUCUCUUAUGGAUUUUCUUACAAAGCAACGUGUGUAUGGCCAAGUCCGUUGCUGGAUGUACUCCGUUGAAUGGCAGAAACGUGGUCUGCCUCAUGCGCACAUUUUGAUAUGGUUAGUUGAUAAAAUCAGGCCAGAUGAGGUCGAUUCUAUUAUUUCAGCUGAAAUCCCCGAUGAAACUGUUGAUCCAAAAUUGCAUGCGAUAGUAACCAAGAACAUGAUCCAUAGACCUUGCGGUGUUUUCAAUACCGCUUCUCCCUGUAUGAUCGAUGGUAAAUGUUCCAAAAGAUACCCGAGAGACCUGCAUGCUGAUACUAUCACAGACAAUCGUUGGAUUGUCCCAUACUCGCCAAUAUUGUCGAAAGCUUUUGACGCUCACAUCAAUGUAGAAUACUGCAAUUCCGUCAAAUCAAUCAAGUACAUAUGUAAAUAUGUAAAUAAAGGCAGUGAUAUGGCCGUUUUCGCUAUAAUAGAUGCAAAUGACGAAGUAUCUCAGUAUCAGAUGGGUCGCUAUGUCAGUAGCAAUGAGGCAAUUUGGCGUAUCUUUUCAUUUCCAAUCCACGAAAAACAUCCUACGGUAGUCCAUUUGGCAGUUCAUCUGGAAAAUGGACAACGGGUGUAUUUCAAUCGAGAUAACGCGGCAUUCAGAGCGCUACAGCCUCCAUCAACGACACUAACAAGCUUUUUCUCAAUUUGCCAAACAGACACUUUUGCUCGCACUCUACUGUAUGCUGAAAUUCCACGCUACUUUACAUGGAACGCAUCAUCGAAAUCGUGUCAACGUCGGAAACAAGGAGUACGAGUUGAAGGACAUCCCAAUGUUUUUGCUUCAGACGCUCUGGGACGCAUUUACACUGUGCAUCCAAAUAACGACGAAUGUUAUUAUCUUCGAUUGUUGUUGGUGAAUGUUCGUGGUCCGACGUCGUUUCAACAACUAAAAACCGUUAAUGGACAUUUAUGUGCGACUUACCGUGAGGCGUGUCAAGUCUUACAGUUGCUCAAGAACGAUUCACAUUGGGAUAAUACGCUUAAGGAUUCCGUCAUCUCUUCAUCACCGCAUCAAAUUCGCACAUUAUUUACGAUCAUUGUAUCUACAUGUUUCCCGUCAAAUCCAAACGACUUAUGGCUUAAAUAUAAGGACGACAUGUCUAAAGAUAUUUUACAUCAAGUUGUGAGCAAUGGAACUGGUGGAAUUUACUUCCUGGAUGCUCCUGGAGGCACUGGAAAAACUUUCUUGAUAUCAUUGCUUUUGGCGACAAUUCGAUCACAGAAUGAAGUUGCUCUGGCGUUGGCUUCAUCUGGAAUAGCUGCGACUCUGUUAGAAGGUGGACGAACCGCACAUUCUGCGUUGAAAUUACCGCUAAACAUGCAAAUCAAUGAGACACCAGCGUGCAACAUAGUCAAAAAUAGUGCGAUGGCAAAGAUUCUACAGGUGUGUAAAUUGAUCGUUUGGGAUGAAUGCACGAUGGCGCACAAGAGGUCACUGGAGGCGCUGGACAGAACUUUGAAAGAUCUUCGUGAUAACAACAUUUUCGGUGGAGCGAUGAUUCUGUUGUCCGGUGAUUUUCGUCAGACUUUUCCAGUUAUUCCACGAUCAACUGCAGCUGACGAACUUGUAACGGAUCAAAGUGCAGAUGUGUUCUCGAAACAAUUGUUAGAUAUUGGUGAUGGGAAAGUCGCAGUUGACCCCUCGACUGGCCUCAUUACAUUCCCUAACGAUUUUUGUCUAUUGACAGAAUCGAAGGAGGAGCUUAUUCAGCGUGUUUUUCCAGAUGUAGCGCAACAAUUUAAAAACCACAAUUGGUUGAGCGAAAGAGCAAUAUUAGCGGCGAAAAACAAAGACGUCGAUGAUCUCAACGCGACCAUUUAA